AUGGAAUUCGACUUAUUAUUCAAUUUUAUGCCAAUAUUUUCUACCAUUUUGUUUGUAAUCGUCACUAUUAUUACGGUCUUCCAAAAAUUAAAACUGAGAUGGCCUGUAAAAGUGAACUGCUGGUUUUGUAAUGAUAACAGUAAGAUUUGCCGGCAGCAGCUUAACUGGUGGUUGUGUCCACAUUGUGAACAAUACAAUGGUUUUUCCAAGAAUGGUGAUUAUGCAUAUAGUAUACCAGAACAAUAUAAGAUUUCUUCAAACAAUAGCAAAAGGUAUUGCUCAGUUGGUCAGGAUGUAGAAGUCGAGAAACUAUCAACUAGUAGCCUUUGUAAUCACUGUAUAACGAAUGAAACCUUAAAAAUAUCAAGACUGUCUAACUAUAUACCUAUAAAUGACAAGAAUUAUGAGCAGGAGGUAAAACAAUUUAAAGAGAGUUUAGAACAGGAGUAUCCAUUGUGCGUGAAUUGUAAAAAUACAGUGUAUAAUGUAUUAUACAAACAAGCAUUAUGGCUUGCAAAAUACAAAAUGUUGUUAUUUAAGCAAAAACCAUUUUGUUUAAUUGCUAACAACACUAAAUAUUCUGAAUCAAUAUUUAGAAUAAUUUCAACAAUUUUGGACUCUAUAGUAGCAUACAACAUGGAUUCUGUACUCUUGCCAAUUGGAGGAUUGUUCUUUCAAUUCUGUGCAUGCUGUGUAGCAUCUGCUAGAAGAAGAAGUUCUGAUAUAUUGCUUAUGUUUUUAUGGAUCUGUAUUAUUAUACUCUUACCUUUUAAAGACUCAAAGAUAAUGAAAACAGAUUUACAAAAUAAAUGGUUCUCUUUUGAAUACAUAACUCAGUAUCAUAUGAUUAUGUUGUUUACAUCAAUUAUAGGCUUCAUUAAUAUUAAGCCAGGAACUUACAAAAGUACUAUAAAUAAAAACAUGACAUUAAAAAAAAUGGAAUCUUUUUCCAAAAACACAAUGCUAUCUGAUUCAUGUAUAACUACUUCCAAUAAUAAGCAUAAUUUUGAUACUAAAAUUAUAAAUGAUGUAGGUGAAACAGUAACUAAUGUAUUCACACCAAAUCUAACAAAUGAGUGUAUGCCCUUUUGCACGGAUAGAUCAAGUUCUAAACCUACACUAUUUCAAAAUUCAUUCACCAAUCAAGAAUCACAAUUGUCAACGACACCUAUUAUUGACAACAGCAUAUUAUACAAUUCUCCAUCAAUUCAUAAUAACAGUAUGGUUGAGAACUAUUCUUUGAAUGACAGUUUGAGCACCUUAAGCACCUUAAGCACAUUAUCUUUGAGUGAAGAUAAACCAAAGUACACAAAUAAAACACCCAACAUUUUUAAAAAAAAGGUGUACAGUACAAGAGGUUCUGAGCUUUUUAAAAAAUUAAAUGGCGUGUCCAGUAAAAAGAAUAUUUUGGCUCCACCUAAAUUGAAAUCAGUUACACAAGCAUCAUGGGUAGCUGGUGGAUACUGGCAAGAUGGCAUUGUUCCACCAACAUUAUCCAGAUCGUCUAGUCAAAGCUCUGGCUUUGGUUCUGUUGGUUCUAACUUUGCUCCAUCCAGAGAACCAUCUAUACAUGAAUUCGAUCAGUGUUCAAUCAUGUCGGAUACUACUCAGUCCUGUCAUGUUCAAAGACAAAAUAACAUUAGUCCUAUUGGAACGUUCUAUCAACAAAGCCUACAGUUCCCAUUGUCAGAAUUUAAAAGUUCAGUUAAUAAUCAAACAUUAAAAUUCACAUUGCCGAAUCUGUAUACUCCCCAGAAAUUAUUAGUAUCUCAGACUGGUCAGAAGAAUGGUUCACUUUUUAUGGAUCAGUAUUUACAAGCAAAGAAUACGAAUGUAAGUGAUAUAAAAAAUUCCUCUAAAAUGCAAAUGUUUCCUAGUCAUACCACUAUUGUAACGAGUCCUGUUUGGUUAUCAGCACUUUUAUGCGGUUCUCUUAUUUUAAACAUAAUAGUUCUAUGUACUACGUUGUUACGUUAA